UCAGGCCGCCGGCUGAGGGACGUGAGUGGGCGGUGUAACCAGAGAGCUAGUGUCAGACGAGGAGAGGCCGGGACACCGAACGCGGCGGCUGCGAACCAGGAACAAGAUGAUAUCCAUUCCAGAUUUCUAUAGAGGGAAAAAUGUCCUCAUUACAGGAGCAACUGGCUUUAUGGGAAAGGUUCUGCUGGAGAAGCUCCUAAGGUCUUGCCCAAAUGUAAAUGCCGUAUACGUCCUGGUUAGGCCCAAAGCUGACCAGAAGCCGCAAGAAAGAGUAGCAGAAAUGAUAAGUUGUAAGCUAUUUGAUAGGUUGAGAGAUGAGCAACCAGAAUGUGUCAAGAAAGUUAUUGCAGUCAGUAGUGAACUUACACAGCCAGAACUGGAUCUGAGUAAGGAAGAUCAGGAAAUGCUAAUAGACUGCAUUGACAUUGUUUUCCACUGUGCAGCUACAGUCAGAUUUAAUGAAUCACUCCGUGAUGCUAUGCAGUUAAAUGUUAUUGCAACAAGGCAGCUAGUCCAUCUAGCACAGCGAAUGAAAAAACUGGAAGUCUUCAUACACGUAUCAACAGCGUAUGCAAACUGUAACCGAAAAAAUAUUGAAGAAAUUGUGUACCCUCCCCCUGUGGAUCCCAGAAAGCUCAUUGAAUCCUUAGAAUGGAUGGACGAUGGCCUUGUUAAUGAUAUUACUCCAAAGCUUAUAGGUGACAGGCCAAAUACUUACACGUACACAAAAGCACUGGCUGAGUAUAUUGUUCAGCAAGAGGGGAGCAAACUCAACAUCGCAAUUGUUAGACCAUCUAUUGUUGGUGCCAGCUGGAAAGAGCCCUUCCCUGGAUGGAUUGAUAACUUUAAUGGUCCCAGUGGACUCUUCAUCGCUGCAGGAAAAGGAAUUCUCCGUACCAUGAGGGCUUCCAACAAUGCUGUUGCAGAUCUCAUCCCUGUAGAUGUAGUUGUCAAUACAACCCUAGCUGCUGCUUGGUAUUCUGGAGUUAAUAGGUACAACAGACCUAGGAAUAUUAUUGUGUACAACUGUACAACAGGCGGUACAAAUCCUUUCCACUGGGGCGAAGUUGAAUAUUAUGUAAAUGUGUCCUUCAAGAUGAAUCCUUUAGAACAGGCUCUCAGGCGCCCCAAUGUUAAUCUGCGUUCCAACCUUUUUAUGCAUCAUUACUGGACGGCUGUCAGUCAUAUAGUGCCUUCAAUGUUGUAUGAUGCUAUUCUCAGGUUGACAGGUCAGAAACCCUGGAUGAUGAAGACAAUCACACGUCUACACAGAGCCAUGAUGCUGCUUGAAUAUUUCACAAGCAACUCCUGGGUAUGGAAUAAUGAGAACACCAACAUGCUUUUGAACCAGCUUGGUCCAGAGGAUAAAAAGGUCUUUAACUUUGAUGUCCGACAACUGCACUGGGCGGAAUACAUGGAAAACUACUGUAUGGGAACCAAAAAAUAUGUUUUGAAUGAAGAAAUGUCCGGUCUGCCUGCUGCCAGGAAACACUUAAAUAAGUUACGUAAUAUUCGCUAUGGCUUCAAUACCAUUCUUGUGGUCCUUAUUUGGCGCAUCUUCAUAGCCAGAUCUCAGAUGGCAAGGAACAUAUGGUACUUCGUGGUUAGCCUUUGUUUCAAGUUUCUUUCUUACUUCAGAGCGUCUAGUACCAUGAGAUACUGAGGACUGGAGACACUUUAUUUGGACAUCUAUGCACACAGCAGCAACCUGCACAAGAUCUGUAAUAUGUACUGUGUCCUUCCAUGUUGUGUACAGCCAUCCUAGGUCCAGAGAACAGGUUUUGUUUGCAAUACAUAAUAUUUCAUGUGUUCUUAAUAAAGAACUACACAAGUCAGAUUAAGCCAGCAUUAUAAGGAAAUGGUAUAAUAAAAAUGAAUUGCCGAAAUAUUUUGACCUCUUAAAAAAAAAAAAAAAUGAAACUAAUAGAUUUUUCAUUGGACAGAUGUCUAAUCUUAUUCAGAAAGAUGUGCUGAGAUGAAGAACAUGCACAUUACCAAAGGUUUUAGGUUGUCAUAGGUCUUGCAUUUAACAGAAUUUUGUUUUCUAUGCCCAUUUAUUUUCAUGCUAUGUACCCUUUCUCGCUUGGCUGUUAACUUCUCUCUCUUGAUUGCCAUUGUGUACCAUCCCCACUGAGGCCUCCAUUACUUUACCACCUCAAUGGAAACUAGGCCUAUAAUGGGGAUAAAUGAUUUUACCACCUCAAUGAAAACUAGGCCCUAGUUGGUUUCAAUCUACUUUUCGUUCUGUGGUUUUUAAACCUGUCCUCAGACCUCCCUAACAGGCCACAUUUUGAGGAUUUCUGAACGAAUGCACAGGUGACAUAAUCGGCUGAUUAGAAACAUGGUUAUUUUACCUGCUUUACAUGGACUGUUGGGGAGGCCUGAGGGCAGGUUUAAAAACCAGUGUUCUAGACUAAUCUCUACACCCCAAUUGUCUCCUCCUAUUGUGGGCACACCAACCCUUCAUACUCCUCUCUUCCUUAAAGGGACAUGGAACACACUUUUUUUUCAUGCUUCAGAUAGAGCAUAUUAUUUUUUUAAACAACUUUCCAAUGUACUUUCUUUUAUCCAAAUGGCUUCAUUCUCUUGGAGUUAUUUGUUGAAAAACAUACCUAAUUAGGCUCAGGAGUAGCAGGGAACUUUGAGAGCUUGCUGCUUAUUUGCGGCUGCACAUACAUGCCUCUUACCUUGUGCUCAGCUAGGUUCUGGAAGUGCAUUGCUGCUCAUUCAACCAAGGAUACCAAGAGAAUUGAGCACAUUUGAUAAUAUAUAUAAAUUGGAAAGUGGUUUAAAAUUGUAUGUUCUAUCUGAAUCAUGAAAGAAAAAAUGUGGGUUUCAUGUCCCUUUAAUUUUCCUCCUUUUUCACCUCUUACAUGACCAUUUGGAUAUUUGUUUCUUAUUCCCACCUUAUUAGGGGUUUAUUUUUUAUAUAUUUGCUUUGUUUUUGUCUUGCUUUUAUUUGUUACACACAUCACACCAUUUUUUACUUUUUUUUUUUUGUUGUUGCAAUUUUAUAUGUAUGAAGAAAUGAUGAAUAAUGUGCUUUCAUCUUUAUUCUUUUCACAAUAAUGUAAUAUAACAAAUUACCACUGUAACAAAUGUCUUGGUCAGUUGCUUGAUAAUUUUAUAGAAUUUAUUUUUCCAUUUGCUGAUGGGAAUAAGAGAGCCUUCCUGUUACUGUAAACAUUGAAUCCAAAGACAGUUAGUUUUUUGGCAUGUUUUAUUAACCUUUUAACUGCAUUUUGCUAAAAUGUAAUUUAUGACAUUCAGUUAAUAUAGAACUAACCUGUUAAAUAGCUGCACCGAGCAGCCAACUGAUUUGCAGCAAAUUUUCUUUUCCUUUAUUAUUUUAUUUCUUGCAUGUGGUCUUUCAAAUGAAUUUCCUUAAAUCUAACUCCUUUAACCAGGUUAAAAUAGGCUACAUGCAAGUGGUUCAUAGAUAAAUUAUAUAUAUAUUUAUCCCUAAUUUUGACAACACUCGCUGCAAGUCCCCUCUGUAUGUAAUACACAAAAUAAUAAUGUUCAAAAAAAUGUGCUGCAGAUUAGAUCAUUUUAUCAAACUUAUUGCUACAGAACAUGCAAUGCGCUUAAUUGUUGUGUAAUGCUAAUUCACCAGGCACCUUAUUUUAUCUAGGUGUGGACCUAAUUUGGAAAACAUGUCAAAUGCUUCUCUGUUGAAGCUAAAAAGGUUUUCUGUAAUUACAUAUUUCAAAAUGUCAUAGCUCUUUUACAAAAUUGUAUAGCAUUUAAAUCUCUUCUCACUGCCUAGGUUCAGGACCACACGUGUGUGUAUGAGCGGCCUUCAGCAGUACUAAACAUUAAAUAAAUAAAUGAAUUUUGUGAUUU